CCGGCUCUUUAUUGGAGGGAGGCUUUGUCAAUCUGAGGCCGGGCGAGCCCCACUCGCCGGCAAGCCGCUUCCAAGAUCUGAUUCCCGAGCCGUGGCUGAUGGCAAUGGGCAGCGGCGGCGGAGAGAAGAAAGUUUGCGCGACUUGGGCGCCGGGUCCUUCAUGCCUGGGGCAGCGGGCGGCUGCGGGAGCCAGCGGCCGGGCGGGCAACUGACUGGGCAUUUGCUGCUGCAAAGUUUCCUGCAGCUCUUUUAACCCGCCAGGAUCUUAAAUACCCCCUUUCCCUCCCCUCCACCACCACCUCCCCUUCUAGGUAGGCGAGAGAUCUCCUUUUUUAACUCCGUGGACGAGAGACCUGCCCGCAUGGGAACGGACUGACUGGAGCGCUCCGUUUUGGGGAAGGUGGCGGGGGGUGGGGGGCAGGGUUUCUUUCUUUCUUUUCUUUUUCUUCUUUUUUUGCCUUCAUUUUUUUUUUAAAUUCUUCUCGCUGGUUUCCUGGCUCCCCGGACCUGCGCGGAGCUAUAUGGAGGGAUCUCAGGAUGGUUUGCACCAGGAAGACGAAAACUUUAGUGUCCACUUGCGUGAUCCUGAGCGGCAUGACUAACAUCAUCUGCCUGCUCUACGUGGGCUGGGUCACCAACUACAUUGCCAGCGUCUACGUGAAAGUGCAGGAGCCGAUGGCGGAGAAAAAGUUGGAGGAGGACAAAGGGGACACUUUAAGGAUUAUAGAAAGGCUGGACCACUUGGAGAAUGUCAUCAAGCAGCACAUCCAAGAAGCACCACCUAAACCAGAAGAAAACCCUGCAGAAGCUUUCACGGACUCAUCCCUCUUUGCUCAUUGGGGCCAGGACCUUAGUCCUGAGAACAGACGUAUUGCCCUUAAACAGUUCCAGUAUUAUGGCUACAAUGCUUACCUAAGUGAUCGCCUGCCACUGGAUAGGUCACUGCCUGACCUCAGGCCUAAUGGGUGCAAAAACCUCACAAUUCCUGACAGCCUUCCUGAGGUCAGUAUUGUUUUCAUCUUUGUUAAUGAAGCCCUGUCAGUGAUUCUGCGCUCCAUUCAUUCUGCUAUUGACCGGACUCCUCCCCACCUGCUCAAAGAAAUUAUUUUAGUUGAUGACAACAGUAAUAAUGAGGAACUCAAGGAGAAGCUGAAGGAGUAUGUUGAUGAGGUGAACACAAGAAAGCCUGGUUUCAUCAAGGUGGUCCGGCAUAGCAAGCAGGAAGGCCUGAUCCGGUCUCGAGUUAGUGGAUGGAGAGUGGCUACUGCACCGGUAGUUGCUCUCUUUGAUGCCCAUGUGGAAUUCAAUGUGGGAUGGGCUGAGCCAGUGCUCAUCAGGAUAAAGGAAAACAGAAAAAGGGUCAUUUCUCCCUCAUUUGAUAACAUCAAGUAUGAUAAUUUUGAAAUAGAGGAGUAUCCCCUAUCUGCACAGGGGUUUGACUGGGAGCUGUGGUGCCGAUACCUAAAUCCUCCAAAAUCAUGGUGGAAGCUGGAAAACUCAACUGCUCCAAUAAGAAGUCCAGCACUGAUUGGGUGUUUCAUAGUAGACAGGCAAUAUUUCCAAGAAAUUGGCUUGCUUGAUGAAGGCAUGGAAGUCUAUGGAGGAGAAAAUGUGGAACUUGGGAUCAGGGUCUGGCAAUGUGGAGGCAGCGUUGAAGUUCUCCCUUGCUCUAGGAUUGCCCAUAUCGAAAGAGCCCAUAAGCCGUACACUGAAGACCUCACUGCCCAUGUCCGAAGAAAUGCACUGAGAGUAGCUGAAGUCUGGAUGGAUGAAUUUAAAAGCCAUGUUUACAUGGCAUGGAAUAUCCCCCAAGAGGAUUCUGGAAUUGACAUUGGUGAUAUUUCUGAGAGGAAGGCCCUGAGGAAAAAGCUCCAAUGCAAGACCUUCAGGUGGUAUCUUGUUACUGUGUAUCCGGAAAUGAGGAUGUACUCGGACAUUAUCGCCUAUGGGGUGCUGCAGAAUUCCCUAAAAAGUGAUUUGUGCCUUGAUCAGGGGCCAGACACAGAAAAUAUUCCAAUCAUGUAUAUCUGCCAUGGAAUGACACCACAGAAUGUUUAUUAUACAAGUAAUCAGCAGAUCCAUGUGGGUGUUCUGAGUCCCACUAUUGAUGAUGAUGACAACAGAUGCCUGGUGGAUGUGAACAGCAGGCCCAGACUCAUUGAAUGCAAUUAUGCCAAAGCCAAGAGAAUGAAGCUUUAUUGGCAAUUUACUCAGAUACCAGAUCUGGAGACAUUCUUAAGAUACACCAGUGUGAUCAAACACUACUAUUGACGGUGCCAUUAUGUGAAUUACCAUAGGUCUUCAUUUCUUCGAGUUUCAAUCGAAUCCCCUGUAGAAGCACCAAAGGUUCCUAAAAAGUAAGCCAUAAAUAAAUGUAUGUAAAGGAAAAUAUAUUAGCAUGCAAAAAAGUGUCAUUGUUGUAUGAAUAGGUAGCUAUUUUUGCUACAGUGUAUUACUUGCUCAUUAAUAUAUGACUGGGGAAGCUUCAGGUUUAACUAAAACAGCAAAGAAAGGUUUACUCUUACCCCAACUUCGAAAAAGUUUUCAGCAUUUUUUCUUCCUGAUAACAUGCUUGUAUUUUUAAAUACAUGGCCAUUUGCAGAAGUGCCCAGUGAUUUUGGGUGCUUCAAUUUUUGGUGCACAACUCAAGACACAUUGAAAGAACCUGAUUUUCACUGAAAUCUGUCCAUAUGCUGUGUUCCACAGACAACCUGAGAGCCUUGUUACAUAUUAAUUUUAGGUGGCUUUUGCAGUUCUUAAUGCCUGGAUUGUCCACACAUUAACAUCUGAGACUAAUUUUAAGUACACUUUAGGUGGAUUAAAGUUACACCAGUCCAGGGCAGGUUUAUCUCUGAUCUGUGUUAUCCAGCUUGUGUUCCAUUAAAGUGUGGCCACUCCCCACAGAUGAGCUGCCGACGUUGCAGUCCUCCAGCAUCCCAGGAUGCAGUGUCCCCUCCUCCAUCCUCCUCUUCUGUGUAGGCAAACUUUCCACUCCCUGAACUCUACUGCCCAGGGGACUGUUCUGGCACCAAGCCAACUUUCCUUCCCACCCCCAGGGGUGCAACCCUAUGCAAACAGCCUGCAGAGCACAUGCCUCCUAGCCAUGUUACAGGGCAUGGACAGGUCCAGGAGUGGAGUUUAUAGGGAGUGAGGGGAACAAGGAAUGGGUUAGGGUUUCCUUCACCAGGGCAGGGGCAGUAGCUCCCCCAAAAGCACCAUGGAAACAUGUCCAUCGCCCUGCACACUUCAAUCCCAAAUCCCAAUAUAUUAAAUAUGAGACCUUCUUCAAUUUUAUUUCCUCUUUAUUUCUUUUUAAAUUCCUUGUUU